AUUCAUACUCAUGGUCGGGAAAUCCAAACAUGUCGAGUCAACGCUCGUUGGGGACGACACAGUGACGACGACUACGACGCGCUCGACCAACCUCCGCGGCGUCACAACGGAGAAGGAGAAGGUGACUGUAAACGGCAAGCUGGAGAGCUCGACAACUGUCGUGACGCAGAAGAACGGAAGUGCGGUGGAGACGACCAAGCAGGGAGACGGCAGGACCACCACUGUAACUUACCCUCCCACGGCGGUCAUUAGAGAAUAUCAGGCGUCUGCGCCCAUGGCCGUCCCCGCCGCUAGUUACGCGGUGCAUACAGAUGAAGGGCCUGUGAGUCGACCUGUCUGUGUUUGCGACUGUUGCUGCUUCGGCUUCUCAAUUGGCAACCCCACGUCUAUCAAUGUCCUCGGAUGGGGGUUUAGUAUCGGGCGGCCUUGUGGUGUCAUUCUAUGCUGUGUCCCCAUAAUGUGUUGAUCUGCUGAUCGACGUCGCCGCUCGUGGACUGCGCGCGUUAUGCAUGUAUGUACGGUUGUUUAGUAUUUCAGGAGCAACCAUGAAUGUCCAUUCCUCGCG